AGCUGCCUUAUAAGUGCAUUACAUGUGGAAAAUCAUUCACAAGCAAAAGCUAUAUGAAGGAACAUAAAUUGAUUCAUACUGGGGAUGGAGCUUAUAAGUGCAAUAUAUGUGGAAAAUCCUUCAUAUCCAAUUCAAAAAUGAAGAAACAUACAUUGGUUCAUGCAGGAGAGAGACCUUUUGAGUGCACUACAUGUGGAAAAUCUUUUAGAAGCAAAAGUAGUUUGAAGGAACAUAUAUUUGAACAUACUGGAGAGCGACCUUAUAAGUGUACUACGUGUGGAAAAUCCUUUAAAGCUAAAAAUAAUUUGAGGAAACAUACAUUUGUUCAUACUAGAGACGGACCUUAUAAAUGUACUACAUGCAGAAAGACUUUUAUAACCAUUGGCCAACUGAAGAGACAUACAUUGGUUCAUACUGGAGAGCGGCCUUAUAAGUGCAAUACAUGCGGAAAAUCCUUUACAUUCAAACCCGAUUUGAAGAAACAUACAUUGGUUCAUACUGGAGAGCGACCUUAUAAGUGUACUACUUGCGGAAAAUCCUUCACAACCAAUAGUUUCAUGAAACGACAUGCAUUUGUUCACACUGGAGACAGACCUUAUAAAUGCAAUACCUGCAAAAAGUCCUUUAUAACCAGUGGCCACUUGAAGAGACAUAAAUUGAUUCAUACUGAAGAAAAACCGUAUACGUGUCAUACAUGUGGAAAAUCCUUUACCGAAAAAACUAACUUGAAGAAUCAUACAUUGGUUCAUACUGGAGAGCGACCUUAUAAGUGCACUAUUUGCGGAAAAUUUUUCUCAACCAAUCGUAUAAUGAAGACACAUACAUUGAUUCAUACUGGAGAGCGACCUUAUAAGUGCACUACUUGCGGAAAAUCCUUCACAACCAAAAGUAUAAUGCAGACACAUUCAUUGAUUCAUACUGGAGAACGACCUUAUAAGUGCACUAUUUGCGGAAAAUCCUUCUCAACUAAAUGUGCAAUGAAGAAACAUACAUUGAUUCAUACUGGAGAGCGACCUUAUAAGUGCACUACUUGCGGAAAAUCCUUCUCAACCAAAAGUAUAAUGCAGACACAUUCAUUGGUUCAUACUGGAGAACGACCUUAUAAGUGCACUAUUUGCGGAAAAUCCUUCUCAACCAAUAGUGUAAUGAAGAAACAUACAAUGGUUCAUGCAGGAGUUUGACCGUAUAAGUUCACUUCAUAAAAAUCCUUCAGAGCCGAAAGUAAUAUGAAUGAACAUGCAUUAGCAUAUACCGGAGAGCGAUGAAUGCACCACAAUUGCAAACUUCUUAAGAAUUAUAAAACCUUUGAUGUAACAAAAAUCUGUUCAAACCGGAAAAUGACUCACAUACGUUCAUUACAUAGGAAAAAAUCUUACACCUAAAUGCUAUUUAAAGGAACACUAGUAGCAAGCGUCACUUUGUAAUUUCAGAAUCCAUGACAUUUUUUCAUUAAUGUACAAUUAAUGCUCUGAGCUAAGUUAAUUAUCUAUUUUAUACGUGAUAAUCAUUAACUUAUCACUGACUUAUUUUUAAGCAAACCCUGAACAUAACAUUGUUAUUAUUAGUU